UUUCUCAUGAAAAUUAAACAUUAUAAAAAUCCUAAGAAUAAAUUAUUUCUGUAUAUUGAGAACUUAAUUUUUAAGCCUGUGAUAAUAAUAGUUGCCGGUUUUAUUAAAACAUAUCCCAGAUGUGAUUUUCUUCGUGGAAAAAUGUUAUAUGACAAGUUUUUUCAUUUUGUACAUACGUAAUUAUAUGACAGUAUGUAUGGUACAUAAAUAAAUAUAAAAUAAAUUAGAUAGUGCUUUAGAAUUUAAGCAAACUGAAUUUAGCUGCGAAAAUGCCUCAGGAAUAUCAUGUAGUCAAAUGCUUUAAAUGUGAAUUAUUUCAAGUAGAUAUGCUGAAAAAAACUAAGAAAUGGAUUUGUAAAGUAUGUGGUGAAAAACAAUCUUUAAUGCAAGAAUUUGGAAAUGGAACUAGUAAGGAAUGCCGUGAAAUUGUUCAACGUUUAAAUGCUAAAACAAUCGAUAAUAAAACUUCAAUAUCUUUUAAAACUGAAAUGGAAGGAGAUUUUGAAAAUCUAGUUUCCAAAAAGAAUAAAUGGAAUAAGUUUGAGAAUGAUUGUGAUUAUUCGGAAAAUGCAGAUUUAAGGAAUUUAGGCAAUUUACAAAAAUGGCCUCUUUUAAAUAUAUUAAAAAUUACGAAUGAGGAAAAAUUGAAAUUAGAAGAUGCAAGAUUACAGAAUAUGAACAUUGAAUAUAGAAUGAAAUGUCAUCAUUUUUCUGAAAAUUCGAAAAUGGAAGCAGAAAAAGUUUCAUCUUCUAUUCCACCUAAAUCAUCAGCUAUUCAAGAGGGCAAAAUAGUUUCAAUUAUUCAGGACAUUCCGAGAAAAUGUUUUCGAAAAAGCUUAAAACGAAAUAGAACAUUGGAGGAAAUAGAGAAUUUCUUAAAUAGCGACUUAAGUGAUGUGGAGAAUGGCGCGGCAAAUAAUAUAUUAAAAAAAUCAAAGUGGGAAAGUUUUGUGUAAGGGAUGUGCGAACGCAAACAGCAUUAUUCUGCUUUCGUUCCUACAUCUUAGAAGCAGAACUUUAUACAUAUAACCCUAAGAGCAAAAACUGUAAAUUAGGUAUUUGUAAAAAACAUAUUGCAUAGAAAUAAAACUAAAACUGGGAAAUUGGAAAAUAUUUCUUAAAAAUCGCAGUUUUUGUUAAAUGGGCUAAAACUCAGCUAUAACUAAAUUAUCAAAAACACUCAUCUGUGUGAUGUAAAAGCUGUUGCUAUGUUGUGAUAUUGAAAAGACUUGGUUUUUUAAUAUCCAUAUGCAUAUCCCAUCGACCUGCAUUCUAUUUUAUAUUAUAUUCUUAUUUUCUUUUAUAUUUUCUCACAUAUUCACUAGUGUAUAUCACUUCCUGAUAUUAAUAAAGAAUUAAUGAAAUUCUUAAAGUUUAUAGCAUUUUUUUUAA